UAUAGUUUUUACAAUUGUGCGCUUCCUUCUAGCCAAACAAACAAAAAAUUAAAAAGCAAAAAUGUUUAAACUAUAUGUCAUAUGUGUGUGCUUCUUUAUAUUGUGGAAUGUUAAUAAAAGUGAACAAAGUAUGUGGGAACAAGUAGCGAAAUGUGUUAAGGAAUGGUCAAAAAAAUUAGGCAACGAACUUUAUAAUCUAAGUACAACUAUGACAAGGAAAAGAAAAAUUGAAAAGAGUUUUAGUCAAAUUGUGGACAAAAUCCAUUACGAAUCAGAAAUGAAGCUUUUAAUUCAUAUCACUGAUAAAAUGAAAAGAACUAUGGAAAAGAAAAUACAAGCAGUUGAGCGUAUUGCCCAAUACGCUGAAUUUCUAGCUUAUCACAGAAAAACUGAUUACAUUGAACCCAAUGGUACAUUUUAUUUUUAUAACGCUGAUAACAUAACAAACACCACUUGUGACUGUGGUAAAGAAAAAGAGUUGGAAAAAGAAAUACAAGAAGCUAAGUGUGUCUGGUGGUGCGAACAGAAAGACCUACCAGUGACAAAACCUUUAAAACAUAAUUAUUUCACAAAGAGAAGAAUUGAAGAACUGUUUGCGCCAGCUUGUGAUUGUUCGACCAUUGACAGGACUAGACCCCAAGAAAAUUUUAAUUUGUUACCACUGAAAAAACAUCCGAAUUAUGGAGACACUCCCGUUAAUUUAAAUUUAAGCGUUGUUAAAAUUGCGACAAAUAUUUAUGAGCGAGAACAAGAAGUACUGCAAGGGGUACGGUGGAGCGAACCUUUAGAUAUGGUUUUUAAGGAGAAUUUAGAUAAGGAUCCGACGCUUAAGUAUCAGUAUUUUGCAAGUCCUCAUGGUUAUAUGCGACAUUAUCCUGCUGUGAAAUGGUCUGAUGAAAGGUACGACCAAACGUACGACCCUAGAACACGAUCAUGGUAUACUGAAGCUAUGACGUCGCCAAAAGAUGUUUUUAUUCUUCUGGACAGUUCAGGAUCUGUUUGUAAACUCAAGAGAAAGAUUGCAGCUCACAUUGUUAACAAUAUUUUGGAUACUCUUAAUGAUAACGAUUUUGUUAACAUUUAUCUCUUUGCAAAUAGUACUAGACCUCUAGUACCAUGUUUCAAAGACACUCUCGUGCAAGCCAAUGAGGAAAAUUUGCGCUUGUUGCGUGAAACUUUAGACAAUUACAAUCCCGACUUUCAGGCAAAUAUUGCAGUUGGACUAGAGAAAGCUUUCACUCUUUUGGCCGAAUUUCGGGAAAAGGGAAUUGGCUCGUUAUGUAAUCAAGCAAUAAUGCUAAUAACAGAAGAAGCUUUCUUUCGUGAAGACGAACAAGAGUUUUUUAACCGUUCUAACUGGCAAUAUGGUACUCCAGUUCGUGUUUUUACUUAUCAACUCGAACGAAGCGAAUCUGAUGCAAGACUUUUGGAAUGGAUCGCAUGUUCAAAUAAAGGAUAUUUCGUGAACAUUUCUCUAAUGCAAGAAGUUAGAGAGAAAGCUUUGCCGUAUUUGAAUGUAAUGUCACGACCUAUUAAUUACUGUCACAAAGACAACCCUCCGAGAGGUGAAUUGAUAUGGAGUUAUUUAUACAUUGAUCUCGCGGAUCGGAGAUACACAAAUUGGUUGUGGAGGAAGCUUGAGGGUAACAGACAAAGGGCGAUUUUUUUGGAUCAUGCAAAAAGAGAUUUUACAAGAUUGCAGAAAGUUUUAACCAGCGAAUCGCAUUUUCUACUCCAGGACAAUCAUGAUUAUGAAAAAUAUGAAAAACCGAAUGAGUAUGAUUACAUGACGACACUUUCGCUCCCCGUCUAUAGUCGGCGAAGUGAAGAUGUCGAUCUUAUUGGAGUCGCUGGAAUUGACAUCCCUAUCAAGCUUUUAAACUCGUUAAUACCCCACCACACGAUUGGUGUAAACGGAUACGCAUUUAUUGUUACAAAUAACGGAUAUAUUUUGAUGCAUCCGGGACAUAGGCGCGAGUUUGAAAAUAUCCCCAAACCGACAUUCAACAGAGUGGAUUUACUCGAAGUAGAAAUUUUAGACGACACAAACGAACCGCGAAUUUUCGAUAAAUCAAUUGUGAAGCUGAGAGAUAAAAUAGUGCAACAAGUCACAGGUUCCGAUAUUUUGAAAGUCAAAUAUGCAUUGGACAAUAUGAAACGCAUAGUGUUGAGCAAGCGGAGAUACGUUUUCAUGGCGCUAGGCUCGGCUUUCAGUGUUGGAAUCGCCUUACCGGACAAAUACGGUCUAAUGGUGGCCAACAUCACGAUUAAAAAUAUCGCGAAUUAUAAAGGAGGCUUACUCCAAACAAAAAAUUGGGCCGUUCACCCGGAUUGGGUUUAUUGCGGCGACAACAGCGGAAAAGAACCGGAAGAAGUCGUGAAAAAUUGUUUACUACUUUGCAUUCAAAAGAGAGACAUGGAAAACAAAAAUGUAAAUUGCGAGGAACCGCUUUUUAAAUCACUUUUGUUCGAUGCAGAGGUUACCAAAUGGUUCGACGAACCAAUCCCAAAUGAAGCACACUUCACGAAACAGUAUCUGGUUGAUAAUGUUUUCAUGGCUACACAUUCGGGCUUAACGCGUUGGAAGUCACUACAACCACAAACUUUCGAAGAAGUGGUUGAUGAUGACGAAGGUAAAGGAAAAAAAGAGGUUUUUUGGGGGAACCGAUCAAUCGAUGAAGAUUGGUACAAAAGAGCCGUCCAAGAAAAUUUCAACAGGAAUGAAGAUCAUUUUAUCUAUUCUGUCCCGUUUGAAAUCUCGGGAUAUGAAUACAAUACUAUGAUAACAAGCAUUAAUGCAAUUUUUGUAACAGCUGAAGGAAAAAAAUCACCGGUGGCGGCAGUCGGAGUUCAAUUCAACCACCGAAGAAUGCUUGAUGUUUUCAAUCAAACAACUGCAAAAUGCGACAGUGCCCAAAAACCAUUUCAAUGCGCUUGCAAAGAUUUGUCUUGUUACAUCUUAGACAACAACGCUUAUGUCGUACUUAGUAACGAGAAGGAAUAUACAGGGCGUUUUGUUGGCGAUGUUAGCCCUAUUAUAACCCACCGUUUGAUACAAAAUGGUGUCUAUAAAAGAAUCAGAAUGUUUGACUAUCAAGCAAUCUGUCAGAAACCACCAGAGUCAAAAACCAAGAAUUCUGCUACUAUGACUAUCACUUUAUUUAGAAGAUUGCUCGAAAAUUUAUUAAACGUUACUGAUUGGGCCCUAGCAACAAUUUUAAUGUUGAUCGCUUCUGUUACCGGAGGUCCUGAUUAUGAAAGCACAAAAAAUGAAACACUUUUGUAUGAAAGACUCGAAAUUAACAAAACUGUUCCGACCCCUUGUGACAAACAAAUGUGGUUGUUUACUUUGGGUGAUAAGUUUAAUUCCGUCGAUUAUUCGAAUAAAUCGUCAAAAGCCGGUUGUGAUUGGUAUUAUGUCAUCGAACGGAUUCCCCACAGUAAUCUUUUGUUUAUGGCGGCAAAUCCAGUUUGUGAACUGGAUACAGUGAGCCAUUUCCAGUCCCAUUCCAAAACGCCUACACCUGUUGAAAUUGACUACAACGACAACGAGACUCUUGCUUGUUACAUCGCAAAAUACAACAAUUUUACUCGAAGGUUUUAUACGAAAUGUUACAAUUAUAGCUCUGAUGAGGAUAAGCUUGCAGGGAACAGGACGUAUUGUGGUCAUACUUGGAAGCCAUAAUUUGUAUCUGUAUUGCUUGAAAUAAAUUUACAUUGGAAA